UGGAUUUUUUUCAAGUUAAAGGAUUCAAAUUUCUGCAAGAGACACUUCGAAGUCUGUUUCAGUUUAUGUCAGAGGAUCAUAGCUUUUGUCGUCUGAUUUUCACAUCACAUUUCUAGUGGGCGGUUGAAAGGUCACGUGUUUCGACUUCUACAUAUGACACGUUGUUGAACCACGAUUCCUGACUGAAAUUUGCCUUGACAACGACAACAACAAAGCAAUAUAAAACAAAAAACAACAACAAACAAAAGAAAACAAAAAACCUACAUUUGUCAAAAAAAAUUAUUAUUUUAAAUUUUGAAAAUAACCUCAUCAUGAAGAUUUUGUCAGAAUUCGGUAUUCGCUCAUCACAUAUCCUCAUCAUCAUAGCCGCUGGAGUUCUUGUUGUAAAUGUUGAUUCUCAGACAUGCGGACGGGCUCCAGUGAUCUAUAACAGAGUUUUUACCGACAAGGCGGUCGUGGAAGAUGCACUGGUUACCAAAACGGGGAUCGCCACUAAACUCGGUUGUCUCGAAGUUUGUGGGAGAAGUCUGGCCGUUGUCUGUACUGCAUUCGUCUUCAACCAACAACAACAGCAGUGCAAGAUCUACAAAGACAGUUUAAACCAACUGACACAAGUCACCGAAACGGGAUCCGUGGGAUUCGCGAUAUUAGAAGAAGCCACAUGUCCUGCACCACCGCCCCUGCCCAAUGGCACAGUGACCUACACUUCAGUUGUAAUAGGAAGCACUGCCACCUACAGCUGUGAUGCAGACUACCACUUUUUUGGACUCAGCCAGUCAAGUGUCUGUGAGACGACUCGAGCGUGGAAUGGUCUUAACGGUUCUUGUAGACAAGUGUUUUUCUACAACAUUACACUUCCUAGCGGUACAACUCGGGACAUAUCUGUUCCUGGAUUAGUUACCGCAGGAUGGAAGAUAGAGGCAAUAGGAACGCCACUUGAUUCACCAAGAUUCUAUUUCAACCUAAUGCACGAUGAUAACAGAAUUUUAGCCUUACAUGUGGACGUGCGCUUCAACGUUGGUGGUGACAUAAACACUGUGGUUAUCAACUCCUUCACUGGAUAUUGGGGCAGACAUGACUCUUACCAGCCAUCCUUUCCAUUCGCCCCAGAUCAGCAAUUUAACCUGACUAUCCUAGUGACGGAUAAUGGAUUUGAAGUGACCGUGGAUGGCCAGUGGCAUGCAACACGGGAACACAGUGUUAACUGUAUAAUAAUAUGUUUAAUGUUUUAGCUGACCGUGGAUGGCCAGUGGCAUGCAACACGGGAACACAAUGUUAACUGUAUAAUAAUAUGUUUAAUGUUUUAGCUGACCGUGGAGGGCCAGU